GCGACUAAAAGGAUCUGGAGAAACAAAAACAAAAAAAGGAAGAGAGAGAGAGAGACGGAAUAGGCUCGAUCAUAUGAUGACUACCUUGAAACCAUCAUGUAGGUGUAGCAUGUGGCAGCUAGUUAAAGAGCCGUGAACAAAGGGUCCGUAAUGGAUAAUGUCCAGAAUUAUGAAGACUGGAUGUCCUGUUUACCGGAGGAGCUGUGGGAUAUUCCCAUAACAAAUCUCUCUAUACCUGGGAGCCACGACGCUAUGAGCUACUGUCUAGAUAUCAACUCCCCGCUGGUCAGGUCCGAGUCGGACACUUUCCGCCUGUUGGAUGGACUUUUCUGCUGCUUCACAAGACCUGCAAUUUUCAGAUGGGCCACUACUCAGGAUAAAAGCAUCGAGGAGCAACUAUCCAUGGGGAUUCGAUUCUUUGAUCUUCGGAUUGCACGCAAACCCUUGGACACAACAAGCUACCUGUAUUUCACACAUGUCAUAUACACACAUGUAACGGUUUUGGAAACACUGGUGUCUGUUGCCAACUGGCUGGAAUCUCACCCAAAGGAGAUUGUUAUCCUUGCUUGUAGCCAUUUUGAAGGCCUGAAUGACGAGCUCCAUGAAUCAUUCAUUCUGUCGUUGAAGAAACUGUUUGGGUUGAAACUCUGCCCCUGCAAGGGAUCAGUCCUGACCUUGCAAAGUCUGUGGGCGUCUGGUCACCAAGUCUUGCUGUCUUAUGAUGACCAAGCUGCAGUCAGACAUCAGGAGCUAUGGCCAGCCAUUCCUUACUGGUGGGCCAAUCAACAUACAGCACAGGGAGUUAUCAGUUAUCUAGACUGGCAGAAAGAGUUGGGCCGCCCUGAGGGUUUCUUUGUCUCUGGUCUAAAUCUAACCGCUGAUAGGUAUUACAUUACACUGCACCCGAAGCAAUCCUUGAGCACUCUGACCCUCAAAAAUUGGGAAUAUUUGAGAAAAUGGCUGGAGGAACAGAUGCCCGGGGCAAACUCCAACUGCCUCAACAUCAUCGCAGGAGACUUUGUGGGGCCAAUCCCAUUCUGUUCCCUUGUCAUUGCACUGAACCAAAAACUUAUCCCAAAGACCACUAACGUAAUAUGAAAGCAU